AUGCACACGCAUUUGGCGACCCGAUUGAUGCAAGAUAGCUAUCCACUUCCUUGGCUGCAGAAGAAGUACCUGAUUGAACAGCUCCAGGGAGAGAAGAUUAUCUCCCGGAAAAAGGGCUUCACGGUGGACGCCUGCGUGGGGCCGGUGGAGGUGACCCAAGAGACUCCUCAGUUCCAGGGGCUACCAACGGGGGACAAGGUGGGAAGGGACGGGUACCGGGAAGUCCUUAUGACGGUCCUGAGUUCUCACCCCCGGUUGCAAGCGCGUUUGGACACUAAUGCAAUAUGGGUCGUGUACAAGCCACAGCUGGACUAUGGGACUUUUAGCUCAUGCCCCUGGAUAAGGGGUCCUUCGGCAUCCUCUGGGCCGUGGGGUGCAUGGGCAAAGGCUCGCUCGAAGCUAAGUUCAGGAUUCUCGCUUGAGCUGGGUCCUGGUAGUCAUGCCCUGUAUGCCAAGAAUCGGAUAUGUAGGAAGUCAGAGGGACAGGAUCUCAAAGAGACGUGUCGAUCAGCGUGUGAGGCCGCCUGCACUGAGGCGCUGGACAGCUACGGGCAGCAGGUGACCCAGGAGAGCGGCUUUGCGCUGCUGGCCAGUGAUAAGGCCCGCAUGGCGCGUAGCUGCACACGGAACUGCGCAUACGAAUGUGGGAAGCCGGGCAAGGCGUUUGAUUUCGUCAUACCUUACAGGCGUAGGAGGGUCACACAUUGGGAAGGGGUGCCUCUAACAGCUCGGCUUUCGGACAUGGACACGGGGGACCUGCUUGAGAGCUUGGUAGUGAAGACGGGGAGUUGGCUGGCAGCCAGGUUAAUCCAUCGGAAGGUCCGCAGCGGAUGCUUUGAAACAUGCGUAACAUAUACAGCUUCAGUGCCAACAGCAGGUCACCCUGGUAACUGGCAGUUCACAGGCUCUGUGUGUGUGUAUGUGGCACAGCUAGGGGAAACUCAUUGUAUGCAAUUACGGGAGCCAAUGAGCCAGGAAACAAUGUUGGGGUUCCUCGGAUGCAUGCGGAAGGAGUGUCCGCUUUGUAAAAACAAUCCGAACAAGAAAUGUCGUGAAGAUGACAACUUUGACGAGUGCUAUGCCGACGGGCAGGUGCUCAAAUCGAAAUGCGAGGCAGACGUGUAUUUGGAGCUGGUGAAUCUCCGCACAGGUGCCCCGGAGGCUUUGCCGGGGGUGGAAAUCGCGGUAUCCGUAAUCGAUGGCGAGUCGUACAACGAGAAUACUGCCGGGAAUUACAACCACAUAAAGGAGCUCCUGAAGAACGAUGAUGAAAGCAUUUUGCUGGGGGCGUACCAGGCUGGCGUGAAGGCCGAGUCUGACGGUCGUGUCUACCUGCGCAUGAAUGAAGGGCAGGUGAAGCUGCCUGACUUGUGCGUGACGGACAAGAACGACACCUUCCACCUCAAUAAUGAGACUUUCGGCACCUUCCGCCUCACGGCGCGUGCCGUGCGCCGAGAGGGCUACGGCGUUCUGACUCUGGUGGAGAACAUUCGGCCGGCGGUGUCGGGCCGCUUUAUCGUCAAGACGCAGCGUGCACUGAAUGACUACCGCAAGUCCGAGUACCCGCACUUCAAAGACGAGCUCACGAAGCUCAAAUUCAUCGGCAGCAUUACCGCACAGCGCCUGCGGGAGAUCCACCAGCACCUGGACUGCCCGUACAGCUCCAUUGAGACGGUGGAACAGCUGAAGCAGUUAAUGCUGUAUGCGGACCAGAACCGGCAAGUGGAGAACAAGUCCGUUCGCGACAUCGCGCUUUAUGCUCUGGUAUCCUGUACCAUAAAUGUCUGGGCACAGCAGUGGGCUCUUUUCCAAGUGGCAUAUCAGUGUCGCCGAUGUCGCCUAAACCCCACCUGCUCUGAUUCUCUGGAUUUCCUCCGGAGCCGGCAGAUGCUCGAGCUGCUCAACAUGAAGGGCAAGCACAAGCAUAAGUGGGACUACUUGCGGGAGGUGCUGGCGGAGCGAGUGGUGUACGAUGACAUGAUGCACCGUCUGUGGUACACUGAUGACAACAUGGUACAGGGCGUCAUCUUCGCAUGCAAACAAGGCCAAGUCAACAUGGACCGACCAAUUGGUCUCGUGCAGCGUGCGGCCACUGGCCGGCUGGUGGUUUCCAGCGGCCCUACAGGGCAGGACGCGGAGACACUGAAGCAAUGGCGCGGCCUGGCUGAGAGUGCGUGGCACACGCCGGGACACCGUGGAUGGGUCAUGGUGCAGGAGCAGCUGGAGAUGGCUAACGCGGGUACCGGUGGCACGUCCAUCCUGAUUGGGGCGGGCCCCAGCAUGAGCAUAGCGCCUGGCCCCAGCAUCUCCAUGGCUGACGGAAUGGACACUCAGAUGCUUGGCCGACGCGGAAGUGUGGGAAUGACUCCCCUAAUGCAUCCGGACUCGGCCCGGAGCCGCCGGUCCUCGGCCGUGAGCUACCACCAAGGGCCCGGCUCCCCGGAGUGCACACCUCAGGCCAUGUUCCAGCAGGCCACCAGCGGUUACGCGGAUAGCGGCAUGCAGCAGCAGCAGCAGCUCCAGGCGGUGGGGGCGCAGCAGUCGCAGCAGCAACAGGCACCGUUCCAGUUCACAGCGACCUCCUCACCAAUGUUUACGCAUAACAGCGCUGAUAGCCCUGGCGGUGGAGGCAGCUGCUUAAUGGGGGUUGCUGGCGGCGCGGGUGGGGGAAUGGGCGGCCUUGGUGGGCCGCCAGACCUGACCUUGCCGCCCCCGCCCGCGCGUUCCACCCGUUACCGGCGGCUGUCAGCGGACGCGGGAGCAUCGGUGCGGCAGCUUGCUAUGAUGCAGGCAGCUGGAAUGCAGCAGUCCUCUGUCGAGUUGCACCUUGACCUGACGGGGAAACGGUCCCGCAACUCGGCGCCUGGGCAUCAGAUGCUGGAGGAGUUGCAGCUGCAGCAGCAGCAGCUGGGCAUGAACGCCGAGAUGCAGGUCACGUCCAACAACCGGCAUGCGUUGUAUCACUUUGAGAGCCGGGGCCGCCACACGCCGCGCAGCCGGUUGAGCCAGGAGAUCAGCGACACGGUGGCCGCAGCGGCUCUUAGCGGGGUGCUGGAUGCGUCCGACAUCGAGGCGUACCUCGCGCAAAACUUCACAUUCGUCACCACCGGUGCUGAGCCCACUUACUCCGGCGGCAUCAUUGGGGCCGGUGCCGACCAGCGCGGGAUGGCAGGUAUGGCGGCCGCAAGCAACAGCAGCCUAGGGCUGGGCGCGGCCAGCCCCACCGGCAUUUCCGCGCCCCUCAUGCAGAUGAGCAUGCAACAUUCUGAUCAGCUGACAGGGCAAAUGCAGCACACGCUCAUCCUGAAUGACCCGUCCUCCCGCAUGGGCAUCGCGGGCUCGGGCUGCUCCAGCAUGCUGGGCCUGGACGCCCAACAGCAGCAGGUAGUACACAACCACAGCCACCAGUCCCAGCAGCAGCAACACUCCGGGUACGGCGUGGGCAUGGGCGCUGCAGGUGGAGGCGCGGGGGGUUCGGUCGGCAGCCGGUCGCUUCAGCACAUGGACUCCGGCAAUGUGAUGCUCAACCAGUCCAGUCGGGAGCUAAAGCGCUGCGAGAGCGAUUCCUUCAAGCGGUUCCUGGCUGUCGGCUUGCCGUUUUCCCCCAUGGAGGCGACACCGGAGGACCUCUUAGAGGGUCUACACCGUGACGCGGGUUUGAUUGGGGACACGCCGCGCUCUUACAUACGAGACUGCGUUCAUGUAGUGCUGCACGCGCUUUGUUUGUGGGGUCUUCAUUCUAUGGGAGCCUGUUGUCGUUCAGGGAGUCAUUUGGUUAACAUUGCGGACUCUAGCGGGUGUCCUCCCGGUCUUGACAUGACACACCAACCUGCUUCCGGGAAGCCGUAUCGAGAAGCAUCUGCUGUAGUUUAUCCUUUAAUAUUCUAUACGGCAGCGCGACAGGAUGCCGGGUUUUGA